AUGCCGGCAUUCCAAGCCAUCAAUGUCGAAGCCGAGGAGAACUCCGAUGAUGAGGUCGACACCACCCGCGAGCUUCAUGUCGACGAAGCCCUGAAGCGCUUCCAAAAUGCCCUGAAGCUGCAUGCUCAAGGCCCUCGAUUCUUCGAUGAAGCCUCCGACGCCUACGAUGAUCUCUUCAAGUCCGAAAUCUUCAAGUACCCUGAGGCUUCUACCGAGUACGAAAGAGCAGAACGACAACCUGAUCAAUUGCUUGUCGACCCCGCUCUCGCUGGCAGCCUGGACCUCCAAACCGCCGAUGUUGACACCACGGGUAGCAGUCUUCCCCAAGCUUUCUUCCUUGCAUACAAGAAUCGCGGUCAAUUCCUCCUUGAUCGCACCCGCCAUGCCGCACGAAGUGCCGGGAACGAUGCGUCUGCUUACUUCGAGAAGGAUGUUGCUCUCCGAAACAUGCAUAACGCCCUGACCGACUUCAACGCCGCCCUUGAUCGCGAUCCGUCCGAUGCGGAGUUGUGGCGCCGUACGGCUCGUGUUGCUGCUUCAUUGAAGAGCUCGAGGAUCAACAGAUACUGCCUCGAAGCUGCUAUCGAACUUGACGAUGAUCCGGCCGUUAUCGAGGUCGAGCCACCAUCUUUGGCAGAAGGAUACGCUGGUCAACAAUUGAAGGACCAGCUUCAGUCCCUGUCGGACGAAGUCGCCUUGUCUCACCCUAUCAUGGGCCCUUGGGUGAAGAGAGACAUGCCCGACUUCAUCAAACGACAUAUCGACCCCAUACCGUUCUUGCCGAAUCCAAUUAAAUAUCUUGGGUCCGCCCGCACCACUGUCGAAGAAGUGGGCCUCACCCGUCUUAGUAUAGCCCCCCCAACUGCAUCAUGGGCCGAUUUGGGUAUGUCACUGGUGCAGUUCAUCCUCGAAAAGGGGCAGACCGGGCGAGCUAUUGUCAUUGAGCUUCCUGAAACGGAAGAUGACGAUGACGUAGUUAUGGAAACCCAGCCAGAGCAGGACGUUCAGCCAAAUGAUUCGGAUGGCAAAGAUAAGGACGAAAACUCAAUGCAGGAGGACAGGCAGGAUAAUACGGAAAAGACUGAGAGUACGGAGCCCGUUUCGAAGGAGAUUCCCAAGCCUGUCGAGAGCACUCGUAAGGGCCGAAGCGCCUCCCAACCCUCUCGAAAGCGGUCACAGUCAGCAGCUGGCAUUCCCGAGGGCCAGGAAGAGGAGAGCCUGGUCGAGAAAAGGAGCAAGCGAAUUAGGAGACGAGAGACAGCAGCCGCAGAAGAGGUUGUCGACCCCAGCGCCGUCCUUGCGUCCCAGCUGGCCCCUUAUCAAGCUGCAGACCAAAACCUGUUCCAAGCCACCAAGAACAUGCUGGAGAACAUUGGAGUCACGAACCAGGAAACUCUAGACCGGAUCAGCGAGGUGUUGGAUUCGCUUGCUGCAGAAGAACGUGGCGCUUCCAUCAAGAACCAAGCGACCAUGGAUCUCCGCAAUGCAUUCGUCUCUUUCAGUGAGGAUAAUGCAAAAAUCUUGCUCCACAAACAGACACAGGCGUCUCUGAGCUUGUCAUCUUUUCUUGAGCAUGCUAAGGGGGGAUCUCAGAAAAUGUCAGUCAUACCACCCUUCAAGGAGACGCAGGGCAUCACUGCCUUUGUGAAGCGAGUAAACACAUCCUGGAUGACUGCUCAAGACGUUGCGUACGAAUGGAUCAAGACGAUAUGUCCCAGCUAUCUCCAAACAAAGUGGUCAGAUGCCAUGAAGACAGCUGUCGUCCAGGUCAUUAGUAGAUUUGACCAGGAUAUCCUUCAAGCCAUCAAUUACGACCUGGAUUGUGCGAGACGCUCGGAUAAAGCGAAUACGGAAUUUGGUUUUGUUAAAAACAUCGUCGAGAUGCUCUUCGAGAUCCAUCUUGACGUAUAUGAGAGAAUUACCAACCCCAGCAGUGUCGUUGACUACAGCAUCCGCGUCGAAGCCAGAGGUCGAUUGGGUCGGUGGCUAGACAUGGCUUCAGCCUUGCUACGGGAUGCCGCAGAAGAGGGUAACGAAAACCUGAGAGGCCGCUUCCUCUGGGCUGCCAUCUUCUCAACAACCCUCACGGAGAACGCGUCGAGAGAGUACAUUCUUCAGUGUUGGACGAGUUUACGAGAUUUCCUUGCAGAAAGCGGUAUCGAUCAACUGUUCCUUCCCAACAAUCCGGUGAUACCCGAGAUUUCGGAAGCGGCGGCCGACAGAGAGAUCUCUAAACUGACCACCAUGGAUUUCUUCCUCGGCCUCUUCCAGGACAAUGUCAGCGACCCAGUCGCCGUCAUUGAUAACCUUGAGCCUGUCCUCAAUCCAGGGUCUGUUUAUGUUAUCCUGCCAUCUGAAGAUUCGGCAAAGGACGGAGAGGAUCCUUCUGACCGCUCUAAGACGAGGAAGGUGCCUAUCAAGGAAUGUGCAAGUCAGAGCCUCCAGGAUCUCUGGAGGUUCCUGCUGGGCACUAGCACGGAACUGCGUCUUUUCCUCUGGACACGGCUUAGCGACGCGUACGCCAGUAUCAAGUAUUCGACGAAACGAUUCUCAUGUCAUCUCAAAGCUAUUGAGAUGCUCACAGCGGACUUGGAAAGCGACAGCUAUCUCAAGAAUGCCCCAGAAACGAGACCGCCGCUAUUGCUGAAGAUGCUCAAAGCGCUGGAUGAUCUACUGAUCAACGCGCUUUCGUUGGCUCUCAAUGACAGCUCAGCCUACGACAUCGUCGAUGAAGACCACCUGAAGUCGACAUCAGCAGCCCUUAUCAAAUUGAGCUGCAUGCUUCAUGCAUCGGCGAUGCACGAGGACGAGAUUCGCAUCGGUAUGACGCGUGUGCCGCCGAGUAGUCCCUCAUUCCAGCCAUUCCUGAACAAGUUGCGGGAGAUUCAGGUGCGCGUGUGGUGCCUCCAGUACACAGUGAUCAAGGUCGGCGUAAACCAAAACGGAAAGGUAUUCCCCAGCCCAGAGAUGGAGUUGGCAGACUUCUUGUCUGCAAUUCAUCAGGUCAUCGGGCUGAGGAAAUGCUGCAAAGCCUCAAACAAGAUCUUCUUGAAGAUGAUGCGUGUGGAGUUACUCAAGUUCAAGAAGAUUGAAAACUGGGAAGACUAUCUCGGGCAGGUGCUUUAUGACCUCCAUGGUCUCAAACUUGGUGUUGGGGCUGGAGAGGUUCAGGAUCAUGGCUGCCCCCCAGAGAAGCUCGAAAAACGCAAUGCAAUGCAGCUUGUCGACAAGAUCACAGUACUCGCAAGGAGAAUGCCCCGAAAAGACCUCCUCAAGUCAGACCUCAAGACAACCAUCGAGCACAUGCAAGGAGCCAUUGGACAAACGAAAACGACGCCUCAGAUGAUUCACAACCUGAGGAACUUCACCGAAUAUCUGAAGCGGCCGAUCCACCCCCUCCGACUCUACCAAGCUCUCAGUGGCGGUGUUCAGUUGGAUGUCGUUGCUGUAAACACCCCUGAAAGCGCUCUAGCCAAGCACGGAUGGUUCUUCCUCUUGGGCAUGAUUGCCUUGACGAGGUUCAAGCAAGUGGAUUUGAGCAAGCGACAAACACCGGGCGCGACUGACGACUUGCGACUCGCGGCUACUUUCUUACGGCUCCAACUUCAAUUCACCCCAGAUAAAUGGGAUGCCUGGUUCCGGCUAGCCGAGUGCUUCGACUACGAGCUUGAUGAAGCUGUCUUAUGGUCGGCCGACAAAAUGAACAAGGAACGUGGCGAACUGCUCAGGUUCCAGCGUAAUUCGAUUCACUGCUACACGCUUGCCUUGUCCAACUCUUGGGAGGCAGAUAUCGACGACGAGGACGAAGAUCCGCUCUACGAGCUCUACCACAACUUUGCCAUGCGCUUGUAUGCGUCCAGUCGCGAGCCUCUCGCCAUGGAGCCCUUUCAGCACGCAGAUCAUGAGAGAUUCUUCAUCGAGAGCUUAGGAAACGGAACCUUCCAACGGGUACUUCACGACCAGAUGCAAGACUACAAGGUUUGGAAAUAUGCAGCUGGCUUGUUCAAACGGGCCAUGAGACGCAAACCAUUGGAUUGGAGGAAUCCGUACAUGCUUACCAAAUGUCUUUGGAAGAUGUACCAAAAGCCCACUGAUCAGCUCAGCCAGAAGGACCGCGAAACCCGCCCAUCUGUCGAGUACUUGAUUUCAGCCCUCGAACACGCAGUUGAGGUUGUUUCGGCUGUGCCCAAAUCGCGGCAUAGCGAUCCCAUUUUGGAGCCGCACUAUAAGAUCGUAUCGAUAGUGUACAAACUGGUCGUCCGGGGCGACUUGACGCCACAAGAGGGCGCAGACAUUUUGUCGAGGCAGCCAUUCGGUAUGGAACUUGGAGACGAUAUCACUCUUGACGACAACGAAGAUUGGGAGGAAUAUGUGAUCCGAAAUUUGCAUCACUUACGGGAUAAGGACAAGUCUAACUGGCAGCAUCGUAUCAUCAUGCGUCAUGCCCGCCUCCUUUUCGAUGAGGAUGGCGAAUCGCCCGAGCUUGUGCAAGCCAAGGCAGCCUUCAACGUCCUCCGAGAAUCCAUGUUCACCAAGACGAUGGUUAUGAAUGUCUGGAAAUGUGACGCCGAGCGUCCUGGACGUCACCACGUCUAUACGUCACAGUACAUUCGUUUCAUGGUGAAGAUUUUGGUGGUUAUGAACGACCGGGUAAACUUGGAAAUGGUUCUAAGGCGUCUUCGGAAGAAGGGCGCCGACUUCUACCACUUCAGCGACUUGUGGCAGAUGUGCUCUAUGGCUUACCUCAGGCUACUGCGGCAAGGUUUCCAAAUUUCCCCCACGUUGGAAGAUGCUUUCAAGUCGACGUCGAUGGAAGAGCUAGAAAUCAUGGCUGAUCGCAUUACUGAGUGGGCUGGAGGUCCAGCAACGGACAUUCCCGCCUUCAACUGCCUCAAAGAGACGAUCGAGUUGAAGAAGCUCAACGGCGGCCUCAUGAAGGCUGGUGCGAUUGACGACCUCAUCAACGACUGCUACGCCAUCAUUUACCAGGAGAUCGGCCCUUCACUGCCGGGUCCUGAGCCCCACGAGGUUCUCGAAGCACGCGCGAGGGCUCGUGCCAGAGAAGAAGCCGAUGGCGGAAUCGAGCUCAAACCAUCCAGUUCCUUGGGCAACCUGCUAAACCCAUCAUCCGCGCAAGACUCGGGGGCCAAUGGUGAAGGUGACAAGACAUCAACGGCACUCGAGGUAGCCCCAAGACGUAGGGCCGGUGUUCGCCGGCCUGACAUCAUACGGAAGGCCGAACAGGCGUUUGCACGGUUUGGUGAAGCACCAAAGCCAUCAGUUGCUCCCUCCAAGUCUCGUGUCGGAUCGGUUUCGAGUGGUAGGAACGGAACGCAUACCCCCGCUGGAGAUGCCGAUGGGGGCAGUGAUACAGAGGAGCAAAAUGAAGGAGACGCAGGCGAAGAGGGCGAGGAUACGGAGAUGAAGGAUGAUACGGCCAUGGAGGUUGACGACGGGGAUGAGGUGCCUGCGCAGGCCACCGGAGCAUCGAGCCCGCGGGGCAGUAUUCACGAUUCCGCGGAUGACGAAAGUGAGCUUAGUGAUGUUCCGGAUGACUGGGACGAACAGCCGCCUCCUUCCCUCAUGUUCCCGAAUCUGAGGAAGAGCGUGGACUCUGGUCGGGCCGAAGAGACGAACAACUCCAGUGACGGCGAUGACGAAGAGGGGGAAGAAGGUGAAGAGGAGGAGGAGGAGGAUCAGGAGGAUCAGGAGGAGCAGCAGGAGGAGGAGGAUGAGGAGGAAGAAGGGGAAGAAGGGGAAGAAGAGGGUGACGGUGAGGAAGCUGAGGAAGGUGAUGAGGCUGAGGAGGGCGACGAAGGCGAGGAGGAGGGUGAAGAGGGCGAGGAGGGCGAUGAAGGUGAGGGAGAAGAGGGUGAAGAGGGUGAGGAAGCCGAGGAAGCUGAAGAACCCGAUGAAGACGAAGAGGCUGAAGAGGGCGAGGAAGCUGAGGAGGGCGAGGACGAAGAGGACCAAGAAGGUGAAGAUGACGAAGCCGAGAAUAGUCAAGGCGAUGGUGAGGAGGAAGAGGAAGAAGACGAGGGAGAUGAAGAGGGAGAUGAAGACGUAGAGGAGGAUGAGGACGCAUAA